AUGCUUUUGGAUUAUCGCUGGUGGCAGCGGGACAGGGAUAGUGCAUCUGUCCUUUCUCUCUUUGACCUCUUGGCGGCUUUUGAUACCAUCAGCCAUGGUAUCCUCCUUGGUUGGCUCCAUGGGUUUGGAGUGGGCAGCUCAGAGGUCAAUGAGGAUUUCGUGAUUCUUCCCAAUGUCACUUUGGGUUUCCACAUCUUCGACAACUACUGCAGUAGACAGAUCACAUAUCUUGCCACCCUGCGCCUGCUUUCCACAAAGAACAGAUUUGUCCCCAACUACAAGUGUGAUCCUGAGGACCGCUUGAUAGCUGUCAUCGGAGGACUUGAUUCUGAAACCUCUCGUUAUAUGGCCACAAUAUUAAAUGUUUACAAGAUUCCUCAGAUCACUUAUGGAUCGCUUGUUUUAGGACUGAGUGAUGAAAUUCUUCUUUCUUCCUUAUAUCGGAUGGUUCCAAAUGAAUUCAGUCAGUACUCUGGGAUUGUUCAGUUGCUGAUAUAUUUUAGAUGGACAUGGAUUGGCCUCUUUGCAGUAGAUGAUGACAAUGGAGAAAGAUUUUUCCAAGCCAUGGUGCCUAUGCUUUUUACAAAUCAUAUCUGUUUUGCUUUCAUCAAAAGAACACCGAAAUGGACCGAUCUGGCUGAACUCUUAGAUUUAUUUCUAGAUGAUCUAGAGAAAUUUCACAGUCUCAUGAAAAGCAAAGCCAAUGUAUUUAUUGCCCAUGGUACACUUGUAUCCAUGCUAAAUUUAAUCUGGUAUCUUCAGGUGGCUGCCUUGGAUUCCCACACAGGUAAGGUGUGGAUUGUGACAGAACAGUGGGAUUUCACAUUAAGUGACUAUCAAAAGACCAUGGAUAUUCAUCCUUUCCAUGGUGCUAUAUCUUUUUCAAUUCAUUCUAAUGAAGUACCAGGAUUUAAGACAUUUCUUGAGAACGUACAGCCUUUCUGGAGAAGAGAAGAUGGUUUUAUCCAGGACUUUUGGGAAAAGACUUUUGGCUGUUUAUUGAAAAAUGACAAGAUGGAUGAAGAUGAGGAGUCCAAGAAACAGUGCACAGGAGAGGAGAAUCUGGAGAACCUUCCAGGGACUUUCUUUGAAAUGAGAAUGACUGGCCACAGCUACAAUAUCUACAAUGCUGCCCAUUCCAUUGCACAUACUCUACACACUAUUUAUGAAGCUAGAGCAAAUGCUCGAGCAAGGAUCCCUGAAGAAAGCCUGAAAUUUUGGCAUUUGCAGCCAUGGCAGGUGUUGCCGAUUUCUGUAUGUAAUGACCACUGUCAUCCUGGUCUCUAUAAGAAAAAAAAGGAAGGGGAGCCAUUUUGUUGCUAUAUUUGUGUACCAUGUCCAGAAAGAAAGAUUUCUACCCAGAAAGAUAUGGAUUUCUGCACUGAAUGUCAAGAAGAUGAAUAUUCAAAUAUUGAACAGAACCAAUGCAUCCCAAAGCUUUUAAACUACCUCUCCUAUGAACAGCUGCUAGGGAUGACUUCAAUGGUGUCUUCAAUUGCUUUUGCUCUGACAACAGUUUGGGUACUUAGAACUUUUUGGAAGCACCAGGACACUCCUAUAGUCAAAGCAAACAACCGAAGUCUCACCUACGCUCUUCUCUUCUCUCUUUGCCUUUGCUUCCUUUGCUCUCUCCUUUUCAUUGGAAAACCCACACCUAUCACGUGUCUUCUCCGACAAACAGCCUUUGGCAUUGUCUUCUCUUUGGCCCUUUCCAGUGUUUUGGCCAAAACAAUUACUGUCCUUCUGGCCUUUGUGGCUACCAAGCCUGGGUCCAAGAUGAGGAAAUGGGUAGGGAGAAGGUUGGGAGAUACUAUUGUCCUUUCCUGUUCCUCUAUCCAAGUGUGCAUUUGUUCUCUUUGGCUGUUUACUUCCCCACCAUUCCCAGAUAGGGACACAUACUCUUUCCAUGAGGAAAUCAUCCUAGAAUGCAAUGAGGGCUCAGCUACCAUGUUUUACCUUGUCUUGGGCUAUAUGAGCUUCCUGGCCAUGGUCAGCUUCUCUGUGGCUUUCUUUGCCAGGAAGUUACCUGACAGUUUCAAUGAAGCCAAAUUUAUCACCUUCAGCAUGUUGGUCUUUUGCAGUGUUUGGGUGUCUUUCGUUCCAAUGUACCUGAGCACCAAGGGAAAAUAUGUGGUGGUUGUGGAGGUCUUCUCUAUCUUAACUUCGAGUGCUGGGCUGUUGAGCUGCAUCUUUUUCCCUAAAUGCUACAUAAUUAUAUUCAGGCCUGAACUGAACAACAAGGAGCAACUAAUAAGGAGAUAA